AUGGGCGAUAACUACACCAUACACAAAGUUUCUUUAAAGCGAACCCGGCAAGCUUGUGGUCCUUGUCGUCGAAAGAAGGCGCGAUGCCCGGGCGAGAAACCAACAUGCUCGCUGUGCCACAGACUAGGGCAACGAUGCUCAUACGGACCGCAGGCGUCCCGUGCGAAGAACCAUCCCGUUUCGGCUGAGGUGCACAGCCGGGAAACACAGCACAGCACCAAUGAGAUCCAAGGCGAUGUCUCGAGCUCCGGGUCGAGCUCCGCGAGGCUUCAGCGCAUCGAAGAAAGACUGGACAUGAUGGCACAUUUACUUCAAGAAGGCUUACCAAGGUCUAAUUCGUUACGCGAAGUAUCGAAUGAUAACCAGCCCAAUGAUGAUCGAGAGCUGCGAGAAGAUUCUUAUGACGACUUCGAAGCAAUGGAGUGCCCAGAGAAUCACUCCCUGACUUCUCAAGAUGGGCUUCCAGCUGCAUUUAUCGAGCAGGAAGUGGAGACUUACCUUACCUACUUUCAUGACCAGCCAUACUGUCUUUUUUCAAAAAAAUGGUUGUUGAGAUAUACGAGCUCGUUACCACCAGAAGUCGCAUUCCCAUUAGUGGCCCUCACUUCCCGUCUGCCUCAACGAUUUCGCGGACCUUUACGUGAGAACACAUCCGAUGCGAGAACAUUUGCGGAAAAGGCUUGGGCCCUCUUGUCAAAUCAAUACAAAGAUGGCAAGAUGGGUCUUUCAUUUCUCCAGGGUACAUUUCUCAUGGCCCAGGUAGAUUUUGCUGAUGGAAAAGCGCAUCGAGGGUAUACGUCGGUUGCCCUUGGAUUGCGUGCGAUUCAAUCCGUGGGGUUGAACAGAGAAAAGCACUCGCACCUCUCUAAUGACCCGGAGAUCGAGACAAGAAGGCGCAUUACUUGGGCCUUUUUUAUGCUCGAUCGCAGUUAUAGUGCUUCCCGAAAUUAUUCACUGUCCCUCUCAGACAAGCAGUUCACACUUCCAUUUCCUUCCCUGGAGACCGAAGCACUAUUCGGUGAUAAUGAGUCACGACCCCACGGGUCUUUGCAUGAUGGCCCUGGAAAGCAAGGGCAGAAAGUUGAUCAUGGCAUUCUCGUCUGUCUCCUGAGGCUGUACUCUUUAUGGGGGAAAGCCACGGAGUACGUCUUUGAGCCGUUUGCCGAGAGCUCGCUACCUCCCUGGCAAACUGGGUCUGCUCUCGCGAUCCUCGAGUCAGAGUGGUUGCAAUUUGAGACACAUUUUGCAGAUGCCCAUCGAUAUAUAAACGUGGACUUCAAACGCCGCGCCAGAGAAGAUCCACAAUCACGUACAUAUCUCUCGACCUGGGUGUGUGUUCAAUUCCUUUUUCAUUCAAUCCAGUGCCUCCUGCACCACCCAUUCGUGAUCAUGACCAAGCUUCGCAACUUUAACGGAAAUCUAUCGGCAACAUUUCUGCAAAAGUCAUUUGAGACGUCACUGCUCCACUCUCGAUGGAUAGUCCGGUUCAUAAAGGAAAUGUCAGAGGUCAACUUGGAGACCUGCGAUCCUUUUCUGGGAUAUUUGGCUGCCAUCGCAGCAACAAUUCAGCUAGAGCACACUGGCAGCAAAAAUCCGCAAAUUGCUCUUCUGCUCAACAAAGAAUUUCGAAUCCUUGUCGACUUCAUGACGGAGCUGUCUGUGUAUUGGGAAAAUAUGAGCGUCCUGGUUAACAAAGUGAAUGAACUUGCCGCUCGUCAUCAAAAUUAUGGAUCACUCUAUUAUAAUCAGGAGGGUUUCUCGGGCGCUUUGUCCAAAAUGCCAACCCCUUCGAAUAUGCCUAGAAUGUCCGCAGAAGAUGAGGGUCUCAUGUGGGAAAUCCUUGAUUUUGGCUGCUCAUCGGGAGGAGACGAGGCAAUGAACUUCGGAAAUUUGGCUAUUCCCCGAGAAAGCAAAAUCCAAGCAAAUGAAAGACAUCCCAUGCAACGAUCAGGUCAGCAAAACAAGGAUGGUCAGAUAGGGGGAGUGAACUCAAACCUUCCAAAUCUCCACCAAAUAUCUGAAUCCAUCAACGAAGGCACUUUGCCUGAGUGGCCAUUUCAAACGAGGGGUGGUGGUGACGUGCUUGCGGCAAUGCCGGACAUUCCAGAUUGGAUGAUCUUGGGAGAUUAUAUGGCAGAGCAUCUGUGA